AUAAACCACAUUGCAUCCUUCUAAAUGAGAUGUAUCAAAACCCUCUACCACCUCCACGGCAUUAUUACCGUCCACAAAGUGCUCUCACCUCUCCUCCCAGACCUCGACUUGUCCCCCCCAUCCGCCAUCCAAUUGUGCCAUUCGAAAACCAGGCACAUCCUUCGCCAAACUUCCAUAUCCCUGCUGCUUUGUUGGCCAGAAUAGUUAGCUAUGUCGCUGAAGAAGGGCUUGUCGAACUCAAAAAUUGGGUAGUUGCUGGCCCUGAGGCCUUUGCAGCUGUAUUUUCUCCGGAAACGCUAUCUGUUAUCAGGCUGGAUAAGAAUGAAGAUUUCGUUGAAUGGGCGAAACCUUCCAGUUCGUACUAUAACAUCUUCUCCAUGUGCCUACACCAUGGAAAUCCUUAUGCUUUGUAUGCCCAAAGCAUACAUUAUAGUUUCACAGAUCUAAAUCUUUCUGCGGCUCUAGACAAUCUAGAUACUAUCAAACAUCUGCUCCCUCUAGCUAAACUUCUAUGGAUCAUGUUGCACAGCUGUGCAGGUACACUAGACGACCAAGUGUACUACGAAUUCCGUAACAUGUACUCCUUCAACGACAUCGACUACAUGUCAGAUACGUUGAUGUUCCACAUUAACUCAGUUGGGCCAUCUCGAUGUGGGAGUUACGGUUUAACAUGGGAAUUCGAAGACUUCCCUGAGUGUUGGCAAGAUCAUGACUGGCUAAGAGAGUUCAACGGCGAACGGUGCCUUGAUUGCAUCUAUUUCUACCUAUCUCGAGAUAUUAUGCUAUUGUCUUGAUUUGUGUCUAUUAUCCUAACAGUUUAUUUUAAUUUCAAACCAUGCAUUAUAACUUUCUGUUAUUUCUGUUCUGCUUUAUGCUAUAAAUAAUCUUCUUGUAU